CACUGUCAUCAAAUCGUUAAUUGGUGAUUAUUGGGUGUUUGAGCAAGAAUUUAGCACAGUCCCGCAAGCGCUAAGGGUGCAGCACAGAACCUCUAAAUCUCGCAACAUGAAGAGAAUAUCGCCACGAAGUGUUUCGCCGUCGUUGUCGCCCAAAGCAAACGCGUUUUCUAUCGCGUCGUUGAUCGCUUCCAAGGCCGACCAGCCAGGUGAUAAUUCGGACGUCGCUCAAGAUACACAUGUGUCUUCAAAAAGAGGAUCGUCUAGUGACGAAGAAAAAGACAACAUAGACUCCGARUCACGACCGGCUAAGCAGCAGAAAGUCAGCGAAGAUCAAAGUGAUACAGAGUACGAAGAAGAUAGCACAGAAAUCAACGUCCAAGAAGAUGAACCAACUGAAGAGAAAACAUUCGAUGCAGCAAGCGAUUUGAAAAAUAUCAAAGUAGAACUCGAAGGACGGGAUCUUUGGGAGCGAUUUAACGAGCUCGGUACAGAGAUGAUUAUAACAAAGGCAGGCAGACGAAUGUUCCCAACUCUUCGAGUAUCAGUGAGCGGUGUUCAACCUAAAGCCAACUACCUUGUUCUUAUGGAUAUUGUUCCUGUUGACGACAAGAGAUAUCGAUAUGCAUACCACCGGUCUACKUGGUUAGUAGCAGGCAAGGCAGACCCCCCUGCUCAGGUUCGACUCUACAUGCACCCCGACUCGCCCUUCACUGGGGAACAGCUCCAAAAACAAAUCRUUUCUUUUGAGAAAGUGAAGCUUACAAAUAACGACGGGGACCAUAAUGGCCAUCUUAUUCUCAACUCGAUGCAUAAAUACCAACCACGUGUUCACAUUAUCAGGAAAAGAGACCACACAGCAUCGGUGAUUAACCUCAAGUCAGAAAGAAUGAAAACAUUUACCUUUCCUGAAACAACAUUUAUUGCCGUCACYGCUUACCAGAACCAACUUAUAACUCGACUUAAAAUCGACAGCAACCCAUUUGCCAAAGGAUUUCGAGAUUCCUCUCGCCUAAUCCCAGUGGAAAGGGAUAAUUACUUAUCCAAAGAACAGUCGUCGCCUUACCACACAGGAACAUUUAGUCCAGCCUCGCCCUGGCCCGUACUCGGUUUUACCAAACGAUCACAGAGUAGCUUACCUUUUGUCACGGAUGACAGACCUCGUAUUCUACCGGCAGGAUUUCUACCACGAUCACCAAUCCUUCCUGUACCAUUCGCUGCUUCUUUGUCACCAGCUGGUUUUCUUCCUCGCCUGCCACAGUCGCCAUUUUCACCGCACAAACCAUCACAAACCUUUGAAUCAUUACUACAAUCGCCUUUUCAUGUUCCGGCGUCAUUACCAUUCUGAUAUAAUAUGAAACUUUGAAGAAUGUUAUUGUACAAACACGGCCGCCAUCUUGRAUUCAGUAUCGAUUCAAUAAGAAACUAUGGGACGCUCGGAGACACCAAGCAAGACUUUUUUAUGCUGCAUAAUGCUAUGAGAUUUCAUUUUAAUCAUAAGAAGAUAUUUUCCGUGUUUACAUACGAAAUUUGUGGGAUUUUUAGGAGGACACGAGAAAAAACACGAAAUGAAAGCAAGUCCUUCAAAAAGUUUUCGAAUAUUCUACCAACAAUCCCAAGUGUUUCGAAUUAGAACACGGAAAAUAUCUGUUUUAAUGAUUUUAUAAAAUAACAUCAACUAUACGCUCCAAAGACGCGAUUCUGUGCUCUAGAAGAGACACACGUUUUUUUUGUAGACUUCUUCCAAUCAAAGCGCGCAUUUUAUAAAAUUUCAUAAACAGAAAUUGAAAAGCACCGAAAAACACAAGUUUGAAACAACAGUUCAAAAUUUUACAGGAAACUACUAGCGAAAAGUAGUUAUUUCGGUAACAUAGGAUGCUAUGUCUGCAUCCCAUAAUUUCUUCAUGAUUCAAGAUGGCGGCCGGGAUUAAAUUUCAAUGUAAUUAGUGAUAUGAGUUUCUUUAUUUCGUUUGCUUUCAUAMAGCGAAUCUUUUUGGGGAAAUUUUCAUAAAGACUUCUGGAUCAAUAAUGUUAUGCAUGAAAACUUGUAAAUAAUGUAGAGGGUACUGACAAAAUAUAUAUUUAUUGAUACAAAAUGAAAACCUUUGAAUGUCAUAUUGUAAAUAGCUCGUAAAUAAAUAAAGGAAAGUCUCGAUUUA